CCGUAGUCUAUUCUCGAUCAACAACAAAGGUGCUAAUAUCGGAAAACCAACAUUUACUUCUCCAUCCGCUCCAGUUAAAAUCCGUUGUUCCCAUCAAUGCCUGAUGGUUAGAACAACCAAUUUCAUACUGGUAGUAGAAUAUUCAUACUGGUAGUUGGAUCUGCUCACCUAGAUUAAUUAAUUGCAUUCCUUUAUUUUCAUCACUUGUUCUUAUUAUUAUGUACUAAAGUAUCAAUCCCCACUUCCAAUUCCUGUAAACCCUAGAAAAAAAAAUCCAACUGUUAACAAUGGCAGGUUUCUUAUCCGUUCUUAAGCGUAUCUACCUUACUAUUUACAAUUGGACUAUCUUCAUUGGCUGGUUUCAGGUUUUGUAUAUGGCUUUGAUGACUUUGAAAGAAUCAGGCCAUGAACAUGUUUAUAAUGCUGUGGAAAAGCCUCUGUUACUUGCUCAAACUGCAGCUAUAAUGGAGAUUCUUCAUGGUCUCGUAGGCUUGGUAAGAUCUCCAAUUACAGCAACUUUGCCACAGAUCGGAUCAAGAUUAUUUGUAACUUGGGGAAUUUUGUGGAGUUUUCCUGAGACUCGAACGCAUGUGCUAGUUAGUUCUUUGGUUAUAAGCUGGUCGAUUACCGAGAUUAUCCGAUACUCUUUCUUUGGUACAAAAGAGGCACUUGGUUUUGCACCUUCAUGGUUGUUGUGGCUCAGGUAUAGCACCUUUCUGGUAUUGUAUCCAACUGGAAUUACCAGCGAAGUUGGUCUAAUAUAUAUCGGCCUGCAGUACAUAAAGGGAUCUGAGAAAUACUGCAUUAGGAUGCCAAACCAAUUUAACUUCUCAUUUGAUUACUUCUAUGCUGCAAUUAUUGCCCUCGGAAUCUAUGUCCCAGGUAGUCCACAUAUGUAUCAAUAUAUGCUUGGGCAGAGGAAGAAAGCUCUCGCCAAAUCCAAGAGAGAGUAAAGAAGCCGUAGAGGACUUUUAUAGCGAUCAAAUGGUUAACCAGAUCACUUGUCAAAAGGAAAAGAAUGUGGUUUGCCAGAUUAACAUUGUAUCCAGUUCAGCUUUUCUUCUUUCCUUAUUGUAUUUUCUUAAUUUAUCUUACUGGUUUGUACUUGUUCAUCUGUAACAAUCUCUUUGUAUCUGAAGGUUGAUAAUCUAUGCACUGGUUAUUGAGGGCUCAAUCUAUUACAUUUUGGGCAUGGUUUGCUUGGCAUCCUCUUGACGCUGUUUUAGAGAAUCUUACUCUUGUGGGAAGAAAAACUGUGAUUCUGUUUUUGUA